CACAAAGAAGAAGAAGAAGACAUCACAGAGACACCGGAAGUGGAACACACGGUAAGAAAAAUGGCGAAUUUCGUGGAGGCAACAACUCAGCCGCAGUUUGAAGGGUUUUUGGCCAAAGCAGGUAAAUGCCUGACCGUGGUUCACUUCCAGGCACCAUGGGCGCCUCAGUGCGAACAGAUGAACGGGGUGAUGGCGGAGCUGGCCAGGGAACACGCGCACACCACGUUUGUGAAGCUGGAAGCCGAAGCGGUCCCUGAGAUCUCCGAGAAGUAUGAAAUCACCUCCGUCCCCACUUUCCUCUUCUUUAAGGGGGGAGAGAAAGUUGACCGCCUGGAUGGGGCAAAUGCUCCGGAGCUGACUAAGAAGGUAACCCGCUUGGCUGUCACUGGUAGUCCGGCUGUAUCCGGGGACAACAGCGGCGCUCCAGACUUGAACCAACGGCUGAAGAAGCUGAUCAAUGCGGCCCCAUGUAUGCUUUUCAUGAAGGGGUCCCCGCAGGAGCCCAGAUGCGGCUUCAGCAAACAGAUAGUGGCCUUGCUGAAGACGCACAGCAUCCAGUUCAGUAGCUUCGACAUCCUGUCCGACGAAGAGGUACGACAGGGGCUGAAGACCUACUCCAACUGGCCCACUUACCCUCAGCUGUAUGCGAAUGGAGAACUGGUGGGAGGUGUGGAUAUCGUGAAGGAGCUGGCUGAGUCUGGAGAGCUUGAGAACACCUGCCCGAAGGCUGUCACACUGGAGCACCGCCUGAAGACCACCAUUAACAAGGCCCCGGUCAUGUUGUUCAUGAAGGGCAACAAGGAGGCUGCACGAUGUGGCUUCAGCAGGCAGACACUGGAGAUUAUGAACGACGCCGGGGUGGAUUAUGACACAUUUGAUAUUCUGCAGGACGAAGAGGUGCGUCAGGGGCUCAAGACUUACUCUAACUGGCCUACCUACCCCCAGCUCUACGUGAAAGGAGAGCUGAUCGGAGGUUUGGACAUUCUCAAGGAGCUGAAGGAGAGUGGAGACCUGGUGUCAGUGCUGAAGGGGGAGUCGUAGGCGGGCGUGCCAUGCCACCAGAGAGAGGGAGCAAGGAGCUACCACACAUGACCCAGAUCAGCCCUCUGUCACUGAUGUAACACUAGGCCAAGGACCGGAAGUUAAAAAAAGCUAAUUCUUAAAAGAAAAGACAUUUAACAACUAAAUAAUUCACUAGUAACCCCCUCUAAAAGCACUUUGCUUAGUGAACUUUAAGUCAAAACUGCAAGUGCAGUCAAUUGUUUGGUUCUAAUACUGGUUGUGUUCAUUGAAAAAAAAGAUGACAGUAUUUAAAAAUGUUAAAAGUGAAAGUUAUCAAUCCAUGUGCAAGACAUCCCUUUAUAGAUACUUUCUGACUUAUGGACUGUACAUUAAAAUCUGCAGGCUUUAUUUCUGCAUUUCAGGUUUCAGUUAGCUGAACCAUUAUUUGCCAACUUGUAUAGCUUCUAUAUUUCAUCCCAUCACAUCCAUCUCCUGUAAAAAAAAAAAAAAGUUCAUCCUUUUAAAGACAGCAACAAUAUUUAGCUACAUCCAAAAAUAACUUAGUUUUACAUCCUUAGAACAAACUGUGUGGCACUUAAUGACACUGUGAUCAUCAUUUACGAGAUUAAACAAUAAAGAAAAGCUUAAGAGUU